ACGAGGCUCAGAGAAGCGGACCGACCGACUCGUGGUCACAGAGCGCUGCAUCGCCGGGCAGGGUGCGUCCCAGAGGUUGCAGGGGCCACGCGUGAGCCCUGGAUCCCGGCUAAAGAUGCUGAGUGACCUGCCCGGGAGUUCCUGCUAUGAGCCCUGAUGCUGGUGCUCCAGGGAGCACUCUGGGUGGAAUCAGGGGGCAAGAUGGCAGCGGGGCCAAAUGGGUGCGAAGAGUGGGUGGGCAGCGCCUACCUGUUUGUGGAAUCCUCGCUGGACACGGUGGUCCUGUCGGAUGUCUACGCACAGCCCCAGCAGAAGGUGGCGGUGUACAGGGCUCUGAGAAGUGCCUUAGCAGAGAGCGGCGGGAGCCCAGACGUGGUGCAAAUGCUCAAGAUCCAUCGCAGCGAUCCGCAGCUGGUCGUGCAGCUGCGUUUCAGUGGGCGCCAACCCUGCGGCCGCUUCCUCCACGCCUACCGCGAGGGGGCGCUGCGCGUCGCUCUGCAGAGGCGCUUGGCGGCGGCGCUCCGGCGGCACUCGUUGCCCCUGCGGCUGGAGCUGCGCGCGGGCUCAGAGCUGCUGGACGCUUGGCUGACGGAUGAGGAGCGCUGUUUGAGCUGCAUCUUAGCUCAGAAGCCCGACCGGCUCCGGGAUGAGGAGCUCGCGGAGCUGGAGGAUGCGCUCCGGAACCUGACGUGCAGCCCCGAGGGUCAGGGUGGCGGCGUGGGGGUUGCGCUGGCCCCCUCGCAGCCUCUGGUCCCCUCUCCGUCGGAAGAGAAGCCGUCGCCGCCGGCACCUGUCCACACUUUUCUGUUCCAGGGUCAGCCCGUAGUGAACCGGCCGCUGAGCCUGCAGGACCAGCAGACGUUCGCGCGUUCCGUGGGCCUCAAGUGGCGCAAGGUGGGGCGCUCGCUGCAGCGCGGCUGCCGGGCACUGCGCGACCCCGUGCUGGACUCGCUGGCCUACGAGUACGAGCGCGACGGGCUGUACGAGCAGGCCUUCCAGCUGCUGCAGCGCUUCGUGCAGGCCGAGGGCCGCCGCGCCACGCUGCAGCGUCUGGUGGAGGCGCUGGAGGAGAACGAGCUCACCAGCCUGGCAGAGGACCUGCUGGGCCUGAAUUAGGCCCCGCCCGGGAGGAAGGGGCCGGCUUCCCGGCCCGGGUCUGGAGCCCCUGGAUGACCGUCCGGGCCCUUCUGCUGCUACCGCUGACCCCCUGUCCAUCCACGGGACGCUGCGAUCAGCUUAAACUGUGCUUUCCUCUCGGCAGAGCUGACUGCCUUUCCCAGGAGCCAAGUUCGCUGGGGGCGCUCCCUUGGGGGUUCUGCCCCAGCUCUGGGGUAGAGCUGGGGGCGCUCCUUUGGGGGUUCUGCCCCAGCUCUGGGAUAGAGCUGGGGGUGCGGUGCGCCUUUGGGGAUUCUGUCCCAGCUCUGGGAUAGAGCCGGGGGUGCGCCUUUGGGAACCCUACCCUAGAGCUGGGGGGAGUGGCGCCGAAGUCAGCUUCUCCCUCUCCCACCCCGGAAGAGAGGCUCCUGGCACGAAGCACCUGGGUGUGGCAGAAGCACCAGUCUUGCCUGCCUGCAGCACACACUCAGGGUGGGACCCUGAAUGCUGAGCCACGGUAAUAAAGUGUAAGGACAAAA